UACCUUGAUUCCAAUCUAAAACUUGAAUGGAAUAAAGUAUUUCAAUCGGAGAACUUUGGUUCCUUCAACAUUUGAUCUUUUGAAUCUGCUUGAACCGCUUUGCAAUCAUUGCAACCAUUCCGAAAUGAACGAUCCCUUUCUUGACUUCAAUCAAGAAUGUUUUCAAAUCAAUCAAUUGCAGUUUAAUUUACCAAUUCAACAGUUGGAAUCUUGUCCUUAUUGCUUUGAGAUUUUUGACAAUUGCAAGACAAUGAAAGAUCAUUGUAUUCAAAUUCAUGAAACAGACUAUAUGUACAUUUGUAUCUACUGUCAAAAGCCUAGCAAAAGAAAAUCUGAUUAUAACCGCCAUAUAAGAAGUAUACAUUAUAAGACGAAAGAGUUCAUCUGCUGUGGACACCUACCGGAUGGUAGGUUAUUUGGAUGUAUGAAAAGCUUUAGCCGCAAGGAUCAUUUAUUGAGUCAUCAGAGAAGAAAGGGUGCUGGAGAAUGUAGUUUUGGCUUACAAGAAUAGACAUUUAGGGCUGAUAUAAAUAUUGUAUCCAUAUUAUAUAUUCUAUUUAUUGGAUUGGUAUUCUAAUUAAAGUUAUUUAUGAGUAGAAAUAUAAUUGUAAGUCAAUCUUGCAGGGUAUUAGUGACUAUAGGGAAUCAGAUAUUUCUCCUCCUAUCAAUUAAGCAAAUUUUGUAAUUGGAUACAUAAAAAAUAGAUUGGCUACGAUAAGUACAGAGAUUGCAUAAUUGGUUUAUGUUACUUUAACACCUCGGUAUUCCGACACGGCCGUGAAAACAGUGUGGUGUUUUUUUUUCUGUUUAUAAUUGGAGUUGAUUUAUUUCUUUACUGAUUUUUAGAUGACUAUAAUAAAAAAAAAGAAAUUACGUCAGAGCCUCAGCCUUGCCUUGAUUACCAUGUGGUCUUUGUUUAAUGCUUUUGCAAUAACCUCGAAAUUAAAAAAACCUCUAAUACCUGUUAAAAGUUAAAUUAUAGCUAGAUUGUGGCUCUGCAACGUGUAUAAAAAGGUUUGGCUCGUUAAGUUGAAUAAUUGAAUUACAUUGUAUUUGAACGAGGCAGAAAAGGCGUAUAAAAACCUCAGAUUAAAUUAUUUAGGGCGUAGAAUAUAUAUUUUUUAGGCCAUAGGUGAGGAAUAUCAAAUAUAUAUGUAAUC